GAGAGAGAGAGAGAAAAAAAUCCCACUUUGACCUGCGCAGGACACCGUAGAGGCGGAGAGGUUCGGCCAGGCAGACGGACCUCCGCAUGAUUGACACGGGGAUCUCGAAAUGACGUCAGCCGGAGGCGCUGCCUUGCAGGAGCGCGUCGGCAGAGAGGGAGAACGGCGCGGCGCGGUGCGGCGCGGCGCGGCGGCGGAGAGCGUCUCCAGACCCGACAGAGGGACUCCGGUGGCUCACAAAGGGUUACUCGAUGCGCCACUCGUGCGUAACGCGCACUGGCAACCUCUCCAGAGCGCGUUCCAAACAGAAAACAGCAUAAAAGCGACCGGGAGCCGAGCUCUGCAGCUAAAAUCAGAUUGUUAGUGUCUGACAUCGAGGGAGGACAGAGGAGCAGGAGGACACCUGUCUCUGCUCAGGACCAGAGAGGCAUCUCCUAUUACAGAAAGUCAUUUCACAUUUUUUAAAAUAACAGAUACAAGCGAAAAUCAAGGGAAUCUGAAGACUAAAAGGACUUUAAAGUCAACAACAAGCGAAGUAUUGUGUUUGGAGAGCUUUAGCACCAAGAGCCCUCAGCAUUUCUAUUUGAAGAGAAAUCCUCUGGAGUGAAGUUUGUGUGUUUUUAAGUCAAGAGGGAGAUAAGAGCUCAAGCUGUUGGGUUCUGAGAUGAAAAGAUGUGAAAUUGCUGCUGGUAAACUAAGCAGAGGAUCAUUUGUGAUGAAAUAAGCACCGAUCCUCCAUCAGCCUGACCUUUUCUCCCGCUCUGCAACUCCGGCUUUUUUUUGUUGACUGAUGAAGGAAGACGUUAGAAACAGAGCUUCAGUUCAACUCUACUUUUUAAAAAUAUUGUUUUCCCUUUGAAAAUGCUACCAGUGAAAAAACCUUGAUCUGAACUGGGACACUUGUGGAAACAUGAUGGAAAACGUGACCCAUCCAAGAGGUGAGCUGCCGGUUUGCAACGACUCGGCGGACGCGUCGGGGAAUGGCUCCGACCUCAACUGCAUCGUUCCGUACUUCGACGCCGACCUCUACAUCAUCCUGCCAAUCAUCUACUCUGUGAUCUGCGCGGUGGGACUGACGGGCAACAUGGCUGUCAUAUACGUCAUCCUCAAAGCCCCGAAGAUGAAAACGGUGACCAACAUGUUCAUCCUGAACUUGGCCAUUGCAGAUGACUUGUUCACCCUGGUGUUGCCGAUCAGCAUAGCUGACCAUCUGCUGAACUACUGGCCUUUUGGCGAAGUUUUGUGCAAAGUCAUCCUCAGCAUUGACCACUACAACAUAUUCUCCAGCAUCUACUUUCUGACGGUUAUGAGCAUUGAUCGCUAUCUGGUUGUCUGGGCAACAGUCAGUUCUAAGCGCAUGCCGUACCGCACCUACAGAGCGGCCAAAAUCAUCUCGUUUUGCGUCUGGCUCCUCGUCAUCUUCAUCGUCAUGCCCUUCACCGUUUUCGCCGGCGUCUAUGUGAAUCCACACGACGGCAGGAAGAGCUGCGUGCUGCUCCUGCCGAUGCCGGAGGCUCUGUGGGUCAAAAUGAGCCGGAUCUACACGCUCAUCCUGGGCUUCGCCAUUCCAGUCUCAACCAUCUGCAUUUUGUACACCAUGAUGCUCUACAAGUUGCGGAACAUGAGGCUGAACAGCAACGCCAAGGCCCUGGACAAGGCCAAGAAGAAGGUCACCAUCAUGGUCUUCAUCGUGGUGGCCGUGUGCUUGUUCUGCUGGACGCCGUACCACCUGAGCACCAUCGUGGUUCUGACGACGGACCUCAGCAGCACGCCUCUGGUGAUCGGGAUCUCCUACUUCAUAACCAGCCUGAGCUACGCCAACUCCUGUCUCAACCCGUUCCUGUACGCCUUCCUGGACGACAGCUUCACAAAAGCUUUUAAAAAGAUGAUGGAAUGCAGACCGGCCUGAAUGUGGCAGACGUCGGACCUGACAUUGAACUCUGCGCUGUCUUUUUUAAGGCUAGGAGACAAAGAGUGGGGCUGUAAUGGUAAAGAUGGACUUUUGGUUUUUGUUGCUAGUUAAAACUGUGGUAUAUAUAUUAUAUAGCUAUGUCAUAUUUGAUGAAACUGUCAGUUUGUCAUGGUGGUGUUAUGAGACGAAUAUUCUGAGAAAUCCAUCUCCUGUCGCAUCUCCCAGUGCCAGCUAGAAACCACCAAUCAGGCCUCGUGUUGUCAAUCAUGCCCAUGUGUGCACCACCCACAUACCUCCCACUUGCUCUCUGCGUCGCCCUGUCAUGAAUGCUAUGGCUAAUUAGCAUGGCUGCUGAUGAUGGCGGAUAAACGGGUUUUCCUGUGAUGGUGAGUUAUUUUGCCGCAAUUAGCCAAUUUAGCAGCACGUACAAAAGGUUGAUUGACAACACUAGGACCCUCCUCCUGGCUCUGAUUGGUUGUUUUUGGUGCAUUUCUUCAGACGGCAGCAGCAGCUCAGGGAGGAGGGAACGCAGAUCGAUUUUUUCUGCUGCCCAGAGAUGAUCACAGUUUUAACAAAUAAGUAAAAAAAAACAAAAAACAUUUUGUUAAAUAAAAGUUACAUUGUGCAGCUUUAAAGCUGAUCUCUUACUGAAUCUGAAUCCACAUUGUAUCUCUACACAAAGUUUUAUUUGGCUAAGAAAAGAAGCAAAACAAGUCUUUCUGCAAUAACUAAUAAAGUUUCAUUAGAUUAAUCGUAAGAAGCAGAGAGAACAAACUAAGCUUCUCCACUGCUGUUAUUCUAGAGGUAAAAGUGGAAACAAAUGAAGGAAUUUGUCAUCUCAGCAACAAGCGUCUCUGUUAAGACCAGUCACAAAGAAAAUGACAAAAGAAUCAAGAAAGAAAACUCCCUGUUAUUUCUGACUGUAAAUGAUGGAGGCCAAACGGGUCACCUGUACAAACAGGUCACCUGUACAAACGGGUCACCUGUACAAACGGGUCCCUGUACAAACGGGUCACCUGUACAAACGGGUCACCUGUACAAAUGGGUCACCUGUACUGGACACUGCCUGCUCUUAUGGGAUGAAAGAAGAACUUUUAAGGGUCAAACAUGAUCAGCCAUUUUAUUUUCACAAUUUCUCUGUUUUAAUUACUUGAUCUUAUAUGCAAAGAAACUGAAAUUUGCUUUUCCCAAACGGAGCCGUGUCAGUGCAGACGCUAACAUUCAGGUUUUGUCUGUCAACAAAUGGGACAAAAACAGGAAAAAUUAGGAAAAAAUAACUCAGCAUUUGUAAAAGAUCAAUGGAUUUUUCCAGUGUAAGUGUGUGUAUGCGUGUGUGUGUUUGUCCCUCAUGUGAAUUGUCUUUUGUGACUCAGAAAUGCACCUUACCGACCCUGGCAGCCAGACUGUAAGCCUAACAUACAACAGGCAUGGGACAGGAGGGCUAUUUCAACUUUUGUCUGUUUCUCUGCACAGAUUGUUGUGUUGGUGAGCUUUUGCUGCCCCCUGUUGCUGACAGGUGGUAUAACCUACAAUGCAGCCGAGCCAUUUGUUGAGAAGCCUUUUGCCAAGUCAGUAGGUGCCAUGUCUUUCUAUUAUCACUUCAUUGCUAAUGUCAUUAGUAACACCAGUAAUGCUAUUAGUUAUUAGUCUAACACAUCAGUUAUCUGGAGCUAGAGCUAUCUACUCAGUUUGUUGUACAUAAGUAAAUACCAGAGUUAGAGUUUUAAGAGAUAAGUCAAAGGUAAUUUAGCAUCAGUAAAAUGAUGGAGUGCCUGUAAAAUCCAAGAAUUUAACUUUUUCUUGUGCAACAGAGCAUGGAGAUCAGGGCUCUGACCGCAGCAACAGACUAAUAAAUACUGUAAAUAGAUUAGCCUUUUUUGUAUUUACCUGUACAGAAGAAUGUAUAGUCAUAGUAUUAUACAUAUAUAUAUAUAAGAUUCAAAUUAUAUAAAUGAUUAUAUGAUUAUAAAAUCCGAAAGAAAUAUUCUGCUUAACGUGGCGUCACAUGGAUGAGAACUUAUUAUCUGAGUUCGCAGUCAUGAAUCAUUAUUUAAUGCAUACAGUGCAUCAUUUGAAACGUUUAUGUUGGAGCUGUCUUUAGUUUUUAAGAAAUAUAAUUUUAUUUUCCCAGUUGCAAUCAUGUAUUUUUGGAUUUUGAAUCAUGUAUUUUUGGAAUCAUCAGAACUGCGCAGAAAGAUUAGAUUUUUUCAGUUCCAGUGUACAAUAAAACAACAUGCAU